GUGUAGGUAUUAAACAGGUACACUACUAACUCGAAUUCUAUUCACCUGGUCUGUCUGUUUAGGAUGAACGGUAAAAGCAGAUAAGCGGGAAAAAACAAGAAAUGGCUUCAUUUCUGCAGCAGUUGCGACUGCUACUGUGGAAAAACUGUCUGAGUGUUUGGAGACAGCCGGUCUGGUCUCUAGCACUUAUCAUCUGGCCUCUAAUAAUCUUUAUCAUCUUAGCCAUCACACGGUCCAAGUUCCCUCCUGAAAAACAAUCUGCCUGUUAUGUGGCCCCUCGUAACCUCCCCAGUGCUGGCUUCUUCCCCUUCCUGCAGACGCUCUUGUGUGACGCUGACAGCUCUUGCAAGAACAUAUCGUUUCAGCCACAGACUAAUAAGAUGAUGUUCUCAGAAAGAUUAAACUGGAGCCCUGAAGAUGCCAAUCGGAUGGCCAGCUUUCCCUUAAAUGGAGAGUUUUUUGACAAACUGGGCAUUGGUGAGGGACGAUCGGCUGAGCAGAGGAGCAGUUUGGAGUUACUCACACAGCUGACUGACAUGCAUAACAUCUGGACCACAAUGAUAAAUGCUGAUUUCCAAAGCCUGGCAAACAUCACCUCCAUUAUUGACACACUCAACCAGACAGUACAGGUUGAACAGGACGGGGUAAAUGAAAUGCUGGUCUCUGCUGAUUUUCUGAAGAGGGUUUUGUGCAAUUACACUCUCCCCUAUGUCAAAAAGACUGGCAACAGCGCUGUGGACUUCAUGGGGGACAGCUACAUGACGUUCUGUCUGUCAAAUGGCCCUUUCCUAGAAGCAUGCCUCUUUACAAUGAAUCAGAUGUUUACGAGGGUUAUGACGGAAAAUCCAGUGGAGGUUUUAAACACAAGCGUGAUAGUCCUGGGGGUGAUAGCAGAGCUGCAGAACAAGUCUGUUUUCUGGGAGACGCUGCUAGACUUGCCCUAUUUGUUCCUCCCUGGGAGUCUGGAUGAGAAAGUGCAGCUAGGGAUUAAACUGCUGGAGAAUAUGAACAGCAUACUGCAGAUUGUACAGAAAGGAUACACCCAGGCUAAUAUCCCUCUAAAGUGGGCGACCCCCACCAUCAAUGAAGCUAUUCACUUCCUACAGUACAUUCUCCACUGGCCUGGAAGAGGUGUUAAUAUUUCCCUGCAAGCUGUUCUGAGUGGACAGCCUCGCGUAUCAACCAGCAAAGAACAAGCUCUGCUGGACACUGUUGUCGUUCCAUUAGACAAGGCGCUUCUUCUGGUGCAUUUCAAUGCCUUCAGUUCUUAUAUCUGCGUGGGUCUUAAUGGAUCUGGGGCCCCAACAAAAGACAGCCUCAACAGUCUCUGCGCAAACAACGGGCUGCAACCUGUAUUUGAGAGGAUCGACAGGAACAAAGUGGCAGAGCAGAUCUUUCUGGCGUGGAGCCGAGGAGUCUCCAGGUCAGAUGUGCGCUUUGCUAUUCUCAGAGUGAACAACCUGCUGAGUCUCUUCCUACCCGGCAGUGAAGACAUCACCUCCCCCCUCACCAACGCCAGCACGGUGCUCAACGACUGGCUCCUGGCUGUUACCGACAGCAUCCUGCUGUCCAUGAACAAGACAACCCGGGAAAUCACAUUCGUGGACAUGAUGACCGCAGUGCUCCAUACCCUGAGAGAGAUCCCAGGCUGGCCCUCCGUUCAGAGGGCACUCGGGGUGGGAGUGGGGAUAAUGGAGUUCGCCACUGACCUCCUGAAGACACAGACAGAUAUCCUGAGCCGUGCAGAGGCAGUUGCCAUCAAUGUGCAAAGCAUGAUUCAGUCAUUGCUAAGCAACAACACUUUCUUUGAUGCCUGGGUUGGAAAGAACAUAAAUGCAACCUUGGAAACAAUACAGGAGGUGCUGCAGCCAGGACGGCAGCUGGCCUGUUCCAGCAUCACUGCUCUGUGGGCUGACCUCUUUACCCAGGUAACCCUUGUGCAGGAAGACUGGCCGGCCUUGUUAUGCAACCAGAAUCAGUCCCUCCUGCUCAUGAGGCUUCAGAAAACAGUGGACCCACUCAUCACUAAAGUGUACAUGCUGAUUGAUGUGAUUAAUGGAACUCAAACACGUGAGGUGACCGCUCCCCAGAUCCUCUCCGCAUGGGAAACUCUGGAAACAUCCUACCUGAAGUGCAUUGAGGUCAUCGGCAGGGUCACUCAGAUCCUGGGCUCAGAGUACUGGCGAGCCUGGGCUAGAAACACCGGAGGCAUGACCGCCAACUGGACUGCAAUGCUGCAGGAGAGGACACUGGAAGAAGUUGAGCAGCUGGGUUCUGAACUUCAGGCCAGCGUUCUGUGGCCCACAGUGAAACCAUACUUUGACACAGCAUACUGGAUUGUGGCUUACUCCAGUCAGCCGAAUGCCACCGUGCCACCCAACUGUACUUUCAAUUCAACCAUGUCCCUGGAUUGCAGCUCUGCGUUCAGCUGGAAGCAGUUUGUCCUAAUGACUGUGGCGCUCUCUGAAGAAGUGGCCAAAGAUCAGACAUCUCUACUGAGGAUACUUCGGGCAAGUGUAUUAUUUGUUCAGGACAGUUUCCGGAGUUAUGCGGCUGAGCUGCUAAGGCAGUAUUUGACUGAGCAAGCAAAUAACCAGCCCCUUAGGAAUGAAGUCCUCAAAGAGCUAAUGGGGAUGAUCGUGCAGCUGGGGGAAUCGAGCAUUGAGUUACUGGCCAACGCAACUUCACUGGAUCAUCUCAACAGCAACAUCUCCACAACUUUCCUACACAGCGUGCUGGAGACCUUCCACUUGCUGCCUUUGGAGGCCAUAUGGAAGGAAGGGGGUUCCAGCAGCACAGAGAUUGUCAGCACUGUUUUACAGGCAGCGGAAAACAACCAGAAGUUGUUGGCAGCUUUAAAUAUGGGUCCCAUAAACAGUACUAACCCCUCAAUCCACAAGCUGGAUUCGCUGAUUGAAAAGUGGCUGUCAGUGGGUGGCGGUCUCCGGCCGCUAAUGUUCAGCAUUGGAGAAACCCUCAUCAUGUUCUCCUCCUUGAAUCAAUCUGAACUGGCCGCCUUCAAAGAAAUGCUGCAGCCCUUGUUGCAAGCUAACCUAAACAGGUCUCAUGCCACUCAUCUUGUGCUGCAGAUUCUUGGGGUGUUCGAUCAAGUGGCCCAAUCUUGGGAUGAGCCUCUGGCGCUACUGAAUGGGUAUUUCAAGCAACUUCAGAACUUCCUCAACUCUGACGUGAAACCAGAGGCUCUGCUGCUAAUACAGAACCCUUACAUCCAAACUAACAGCAACUUCUCCCAGCUGCUCAAUUAUGACCGACAUCAAGUCGCCCUGGACAUGCUUCCUUUCCUGUCCCCCGCUGCUCUGCAGAAAUGGGUCUCUCUCGGUGCCGAUGCUCCCUUGACAGUGCUACAGCAGUUUGUUCUAUUCCUACCUGACAGCCAACAAGUGGAAUUAGGAAACAUAGUCAACAACACAGCAAGGCUAUUUGAGGCAGUGAACUUGUGCAGAAUGACUUAUCCCAACUGCACGGCUAUCAUUUAUGAAACUUUGGACGUGGUUAUGCAGGCUGCAGAAGCUUUACAUGACAUCAACAACAACAGUUUAUCCAUUCUGGUUGGACUAGCCUCCCGAUUCAAUAAUUCCGAACUGAGUUUAAAACUGCAGGAAAACACGUCCCUUGUUUUGACUGCUGAUCUGAUUUCCAUGCUCAGUCCUCUGGGAGCAACAACAAACAGUUCUGUUCCAGCAUCCACUGUGUACCUGACAGUAGCUCAAACACUCGCCUUCCUUAAACAUGUUGUGUCUACCCCGGAUUUCAAUAUGAUCACUCUUCAGGAAGGACUGGAAACCUCAAACCUCAACAUAACUGAACUCAACAAUGUUCUCCGUGCAGCGGGUGCGCCCAAUGCAUCUGAGCUGGUUUUAGAAAUUAGCAAAAUUAUUGGCAUUCAAGAGUGCUAUAAGCUAAGACCAAAUGACUCUUUGUCCUGUACUCUGGAACUUGCAAACAAGCUGAUGGAUUUGCUUCAGCGAGUGGACUUGCCAAAGGAAAUCAAAGGCAGGAUUUCAGCUGUGAAGUUCAUAUUGCAGUACUGGACAGAAGAAUUAAACGGGAAGAGCAGUUUGCUAAGACAGCUGGAAGUCCUUUAUGAUUUUACGUCGGUGUCCUUGCAAAAUGGAUCUCUGGUUAACAGGAUCAGAACAACAGUGACCUUGAUUUCUGAUACCCUGAUGAAAAUAAAAUCCAGCAUGGGACAGCUUGACAUUGAAUCCCCAGAGCAGUUUGAUACUGGAGUUCAGAUAUUGGAUGAGUUCAUUCAGAUGUUUGUAAAUGGAACUUAUCCCUACAAUAUGACCACCAAGACCGCCAUUAACAAUCUGCGAUUGGAAGACAUCAGACUGUACCUGGAAAUAACAGAGUGGUACCUCAACAAGCUGGAAAACAUAACCCUCCAAAACAACAUUUCAGGGAGUCUGUAUCCACUUUUUAGAAUUACUGAAAUGGCUUUAGCAAACGCUGUAUCUGGCAUUGAAUUGUCUUCUAGUCUGCUUUCUGUGGUGAACAUGACCAAAGACUUUGUUCAGUCUAUUCUUCCUUUUGAUGUGUCAGACCUGAGGAAGGUCCUACAGUUCUUUACCCAUACCAUCAUGCCAAAUGUGAAGGUAUUCAUGGACCAGCUGUUAAGUACUUUGCCUCAAAACAGCACAGACCCAUUCUUAAAAGAACAAUUCAGACAAGACUAUUCACAACUGCUAGACUUUGCUUCAGCCUUGCUGGAACCUUUAGCUCCGGUCAACAUCUCCAUUGCCUCAGUUUCUAUUGAGGACAUUGUCACCCGACUAGAAACCAUGAGAAAAAAUGAUUCCGAAUAUAACAUGGAUCCACUUUUCAGUCUACUGUCAAAGGAUGUUGAAACGGCAGUGAAAGUGUUUAAAUUAUUACAAAAAGGGAUAAAAGUCUUCGCCACAUUGGAGUCAGAAGGAGCUGCCAGCCAGACUCUGUUCAAUCUGUCAAGCCAGAUGAUGGCAUUUGACAAGUUAAUUGAUUAUAUGCAGCCUCUCCUACCUGCUGAAAAACGCCCAUACGUUGACAUGGCUGUCCGCGUUUUUGAAAUGCUUUGGGACACUGUGAUUGUAGCCACUGAACCAGCAGAGUUCAAUGCUGAAGACAUCCCAAGCUUGUUUUUAGAUGUAGCAAAGCUCCUUCUGAACAGCAUGGCUCCCCUCACAGAGCAGCUGCCUGAAGCUGUGGUCACUGACUUGUUUGCUGUGCUGCAAGACUCCAUGCAGCUGACCCUCUCCUCCAGCAAGUCAGGCUUUCCCAAGGACAGGAACCUCACCACUGAAGUGAUUGGAAGACUCCAGAACCUUGUGAGAGCACUCAUCCCACAGCCUGCUGCUUCCAUUCUAAUACCCAUGUCAGAAGUGGUGAAAAUAUACUUUGAGACCAUCUCCCAAGAUGAUGGCCCUGACACUUGGAGUCAGAUUAUUGAGCAAGAAUUGCAUUACUUUUUACCAAAUGACAGUAACUGGGGUGACUACAUCAGCCUGCUUCAGAAUAUGUCAGCACUGCUGUCUCAACAAAGCCAAGGAAAUACCAUGAGUCUGGGAAUCACUGGCUAUCUCCUGGAGAGGAUCCUUGGUGGCGAAGGAAUAUCUGGCAAUACAUCACUUAUUGAGAUGCUCUUUGAGAAGGUAUCAGGCUAUCUCCUGGAGAGGAUCCUUGAUGGUGAAGGAAUAUCAGACAAUACAUCACUUACUGAGAUGCUCUUUGAGAAGGUAUCAGGCUAUCUCCUGGAGAGGAUCCUUGAUGGUGAAGGAAUAUCAGACAAUACAUCACUUAUUGAGAUGCUCUUUGAGAAGGUAUCAGGCUAUCUCCUGGAGAGGAUCCUUGAUGGUGAAGGAAUAUCAGACAAUACAUCACUUACUGAGAUGCUCUUUGAGAAGGUAUCAGGCUAUCUCCUGGAGAGGAUCCUUGAUGGUGAAGGAAUAUCAGACAAUACAUCACUUACUGAGAUGCUCUUUGAGAAGGUAUCAGGCUAUCUCCUGGAGAGGAUCCUUGAUGGUGAAGGAAUAUCAGACAAUACAUCACUUACUGAGAUGCUCUUUGAGAAGGUAUCAGGCUAUCUCCUGGAGAGGAUCCUUGAUGGUGAAGGAAUAUCAGACAAUACAUCACUUACUGAGAUGCUCUUUGAGGAGGCGUUGGCAGGCUGGGGAGAUGCCUCUCAUGAGAGUCCCAGCCCCCUGCUCCAGACUCAGCUCCACAUUCUCGCGUCACUCUUUCCCGAUGUGGGGCAUGCUAUGGGACCGCUUAACAUCACAGAAGCUAGGGCUGAGAGAAUUCUCCCGGUUCUCAUCCAGCUAGCGAGUGGGGCUGUGGAGAAGGAUCUCUGGAGAAUGACGUCAGUUAUCCUUGAGGCAGUGUUAUCUUCGUUAAAGGAGACUCCAGCCUGGGAACCAGUACAGGACAUUCUGUCCCUAGAACAAGCCCUCUCCAGUGUGGUUGUCCAUUCUCUAAAAGUGGAAACAGAACUCAAUCUGUAUGUGAAAGUAUUUCUGGGUAAUCUCACCGCCAGCCUGAAACGAGUCAUACAGGACAGUGGUGGCAUUUUGACUGAAUCCAUUCGACCAAUCCUACAUGCAGUGUCCGAAACCGCCAGCAUCAUUAGGGAGGAUCUGCUGUCAGGAAGAAUUGUGAGCUGUGGAGACAUAAGCAGCACAUGGACUGAUAUCAUGCAUGAUGAACUUGCACUCAACCAGACCCAGAUGGAGGAGUUGUGCAACCAGACCUGCUUCCCGGAUGACUUGAACUCUGCAGCAGGCAUCCUCAGGCAGCUUAUGAACACAACCGUCAGUGGUAUGGGAAAGGAGGACAGCAUUGAUGGGAAAGAGUUAAUAAAGGACCUGAAGACCCUUUACCAAGCAGCUCUGAGUUACUAUGAGAGCCUGAGGCACUUCUAUACAGAGAUCUUAGCAGCCACAAUCGACGGCAGCACUUCAGUGGACUCCAGCAUUCCUGCUCUCAUCGAUGAUCUCUCCACCCAACACAUAGUUCUGGGUGUCUCGGCUGCUCUCAACCCCUUUUUGCAGCAGGCCAGCGUGCUGCCAGGGCUGAAGCAGCACAUCGAAGCAGCUGACUGGAUAAUGAAUUACGCAAUGCAAAACAACUACACCGGGCAAGACAACUGUGACAACUCAUCCAUGAGCCGGAGCUGUAAGGGCACAGAUGAACUUGAGAUGCAUUCGGAGAAGAUGAUUCGAUUUCUCUUAGCUGUCACCAAGGACCCAGCCCUCGCUGGCAGAUUGCUGCAAGGAACCUGGGAAUGUGUUUCUCACAACAGCACCCUUUUCAGUGCAUACAACUCCACUGCUGGUGCAGUGAUGCACCUUCCCAAGGAUGACAUUGAACUUUUCCUGAAUGUUUCGCUCAGUCUCAUUAUGGAUGCAGAAGCAGAUCCCUCACAGCUAUGGAAAGAAGCUCUCAGCUGCCUUCUAAAGGACCUCUUUAAGAAUGUUAACAGCAGCUCCCUUCACCAAAUCUGGAAUGGAGACAUCUUGAAAGUUAUUGAUGGGCAACUUAUUGAUCAAGUUCUGAAGAAUGCAAUAAGAGUGCUGAUCAGGAUUAAGAUACUAGAAGAUGGGUCUCUGGUGUAUAAGGUUAUGGAGCAGUUGUUGGCUGUAAAUGACACAGGGCUAAUCUUAACAAGGACCCUCAAACUUGUCACAUGGUGGAAAACCACAAGCACGUCAGGAAUGGAGUUUGCAUUCCAGGCUGCACAAAAACUCUACAACCUUGUCAAGGCCAUCUUGUCAGCGAUCAUGCAGAUGAACAUCGCGCUUCCACCCAGUUUAAUAUCCUACAGUGACAUGGUGAUGGAUGUGCUGGGGGUCUUUGUCGAAGGCAGCCAGUUCCCCCUAUCAAAUGGCACCAUUGCUCCCUUAGCUGCUUACACCAACAAACUAAGAAAUGAUGUUCAAGCUGACCAAUCUUUGGAGGUUUUAUUGCCACUUGCCUGGAGCUCCUUCAACAUGAGCAAAUCGUGGUCAGGAGAGAGAGAGGGGAUGUUCAUGCAGCUUCUUCCCAUUCUUUACAACUCCUUACUGCGAGGUCUGAGUCCUUCAGAUAGAACUUCUUCCGUUAAUGCACAGUCUUUAUUCACAGACCUGGUGACCGUCUUUUCUCGGUCAAAUAAAACAGAUCAGAUCCUGCACACAAUGGAAACCUUGAGAACUUGCCAUACAGACCUCGGAGACUGUACCUCCCUCAUUUCCAAAAUAUAUGAGAUAGUAUUCCUGUACAGGCAGAAGCAGGGCAGCAUCCAGGAGGAUGAUAUCAAAGCCUGGUUAAAACUGUCCACCGAGAUGGCACAGAUGCUGAUAGGCCUGAGUGACCAGCCAGAAAACUUUCUUAAUAUCACUCAGGACUUUGUCUCCAGCAUCUUGCCUUUGAUAUACCCUUCCCAGGGCAGCUCGCUGCAAACCCUCAUGUCCAGUGUUUUCACAAUCCUUAAGAACAUCAUCGAGGACCCACUUUUGAUUGGUAAUGAGAUGCCAUCAAUUUUGAGCCUUAUACAGCAGUCUACACAGGAGCACCCAUCCACCUUUAGCUUUGACAAAUUCAUAGACUUGUCAGCAAAACUUGAGGCAGCCCUAAAGAUGAUGCAGUGCACAGAUUCUGGUCCCUCCAGCGUUUUGAACUGUAUUUUGCAGUCAACACAAAGUGCGCAGACAAUACUCCAACUCUUUAAUGUGACAACAGAUACCCAGGAUGUUCUUGUGGCUGUAAAGUCAAUAACUGAAUUCUGGCUCAGCCAAGUAAGCAAUAACGGGGCAGCCUCAAGCAAUGACAUAGGAAGGCAACUGCAGGUGAUCUUCAAUUUCACCACCUGGCUUUUCCAAAACCAAGCACUCAUGGUUUUAGUAAAUGACGACCUCAGCAGUAUCACAGCUAACCUUAAGGAUGUUGAAAGUACCUUGAUGAGCUGGGAUGUAACAUCAACCCAAGGGGAGACACUACUGACUGAUAUACAAGCAAUACUCCAUCUCCUACAAAAAGAUCCUAGAGUUGGGGUAGAUUGGUCUGAUGUGUCUUUCGGCACUAACCAGCUUGAGACUCUUGCUGCAAACCUAAGACAGCUUCAAUGGCAAUCUAACUUUCUAAGGAUGGCUACUCUUUGGGCUCUCAGUGGUCAGCACAAUAACUCAUAUGACUUCAUGUUGGAUUUUGCCAAUGCCAAGCUUCUAUUAAGCACACAUAUUCCACAAUAUGUAUCUGCACAAAUAGGUUCACUGCUGGAACUGAUGACAGGUAUGAGCCUGCCUGCUGAUAGCACUAACGGCACACAGGUCUUGGAGCUACUCUUGAACGACCUGGCCAGGAUAGCAGAAGUGGUGCAUUCAAAUGUGAGCAGAGACAGAUAUAUGAGGAAUCUACAAGAUUUUGUUCAGACAGUCUUUAAACAUUACUCCUCCAGUGUCCAGUCGCUCAUUGUGCUAGUAUUAGAUGAAGUAGCCAGAGAUCUUAAACUUUUAAAUAGUUUACUUCAGAAGAACAUCAACAUGCCAAAAGAGACACAAAUCUACCUCCAGGUGUCCAACAUACUGGAAGAGCUGCUAAAUUCAAUAUCCAUGAUCAGGUCACAAAUUGAAGUAAACACGUAUCUCAAUGCUUUAGACCAGAUGUUGGCUGUUUUCAACCCUCUUUUGACUCCAGAACAAAACAUCUAUUUAAACGCUUCAGCCCAAAUGAUUAAAGCAUUUACCUAUGUUCUUUCUGCCCCUGAAAACUUUGAAAAUGUUGUACAUGCCACUGACAUUAUCUCAGCCUCUCUUGACCAUCUCUUAGCUGCUGCCGAUAAUAUCACCCUGCUCAGCGGACAAACGGUAAAAGAUGUGCUGGAUCCUCUCAUCGCAGACCCUGCCAUUAUUACCCAAAUUCUGUGGCAGUUGGCAAAUUCCAGCCUCUCUCAACUGAGCAUGGAGGAUCAGAUGCAGCUAGCCAAUAAGUUAUUAAAUAACUUGGCAUCUCGCCUACCUGCCGAGCACAGCUCUUAUCUCAAUGCAACUCUUCUCAGGAUAUUAAAAACACUUCCAGCUCUAUCUAGUGGUACUAACAUCACAGGUAAUAUCUUCAAUCUCACCAGAGCAGUUUCAGACUUUCUGCUGGAGCCAUUUAAUGCCACUGGUUUCCCGAUUUCCAACGUUACUUCAGCCGGAAACAUUGUGGGCAGCAGUGCUUUUGAUAAUCUUGGAGCUUCCAUCAGAAGAGUGACAGAAGUCUACUUCUCCAAUGCAACCGAUUUAGUAAAAGCAGCAGGCAUUACUGUCAUUGUGGCAAGUGAGCUGCAGAAUGUGCUGAAAAUGGUUCCCCCCAGUUAUGCUGUGAACAAAACUCUGGAGGUGAUCAAGGUCAUCAAAGACAACGUGGGCAGUUUGCUGGGAAUAAAUUCCACAAACUGGGCUAAUGCGGUUCUCCAGUUGCUGGCUAACACUGCAGAGCUGGUGCCACCAGAGCUUCCAUAUGCACGGCAGUUCAAGAACCUGGUGAUAAACCUAGUUAAAGAGGCUCAAGAAGAAUUCCUUGUGCUGUCAGAGUUAAGCCAGAUUCUGCAAACAAUGUUCACUACAAAUUGGGCGGCAGACAACGUCACAGAGGCUCUUGAAAACCUGAAAAUCAAGAAGGCUCAGAUGAGUACUGUGACUGGCAUUGUGUGUGAGUUGGAGAAGUUGAGGUCUGUGCAGGCUCUGUAUGAUCUGGUGCCCAUGAAUUCGGGGAUAAUGUGCCAGACUGUUUCUCCAGCCAUCCAGGCUGUUUUCUCGCUCUCCUACGGCACUCUGAACUGGGGGAGAAACCUCACCUUCAGCCUGAACACUCUGCUGGACACUCUGUACUAUGCGGCAGUCCGUGACCCCAACAACUACAAUGUGAACGCAAACUGGUCAUCUGCAUUUGUGGACAACACAUUAAAUUUCAACACCAGUGCUUUCAACUUCCUGAACAUUACUAACACUACUGCAGCUCCAACAAAAGUGUCUGACCUGAUUCUUAACCCAGCAGCCUUCGUGUCAGAGAUUCAGAAACGGACAGGAAUGCCAACGGAUGCCAUAGAUGCUAUGAUGCAGACAAUUAUACCUGACAACUCUUUACAGUUGCUUGCUUGGUUGACGGAUCUGCGGUACUGCGACUCCCCAGGGAAACUCAACCUGACCCAGUCAGGUGAGCUGGUGUAUCGGGCAUUCUGCAAGCUGGGACCCUUGCAGCAGUACAGCUUCGUGGUCAUAGUCCUUGAACACCUGGAUUUACUUGAGUUCAUUUACAAGAUCAUACUGACCUCGGACAUGCAGAACUUCAUUGAAGCGCUGAUGCGGCUCUUCCAAUUUAUAAUGGGAAUGUUUCAGAAGCUGGCCCCUGCCAUCAAGCUGUUGAUCAGCUACCUGCAACAGAUCCAGAGGCUCAACCUGGUCGCAAACUCGGAAUUCAAGGAAUUGGUUGCUGGGAAUAGGGCCACAAUGUCGAGCAAGGCCACAUUCAACACGCUCGCCGGCGCCAUGUGUUACAGGGGAUUCUUCUCCCUCUUCGGGGUCUCACAGACCCCCAAUUUCAUGGACUCUAAGCCCUCCACCCAGGGAGACCUUAAAGUGGAGGAGAUCAUUAAGAAAUUCGACAUCCCCAGGAAUGCAACACCCUUCUGCCUUGCAUUGUACCUGGACAUGGUGAACACCACUGGUGGAGCUGUGGCCUGGGCGUUCAUCAAGCCCAUGCUGCUGGGCAAGAUCCUGUACACCCCAGACACGCCCGAGACCAGGGCCAUCAUGGAGAAGUCUAAUGACACAUUGCAGCAGCUGGACAAACUUAAAAUGUACUCCCAGGACUGGAUAGAUGCCACCAAAUUAAUCUUUGAUUCUGCCCAGCUACUUGAAAAGAUUCUUCCACUACUUCUGCGCUCCCUACAAAACCCUUUUGUACAGCAUUUCAUUAAGUUACAAACAAACGUCAACGUAAACGACAUCUUAAACAUGCUCCAAACGUACUCAAACUUGACUAAAAUGUUGGAAGAGAACCGGAAAGUGAUGGACCAGCUGACUGUCCUCUCCAAGCUGAUGCUCAACCUGUCCUCCUGUGUGAAUUUCAACCGCAUACAGCCGGUCAGCAGCAUAGCGGAGAUGAACGCCAUGGCCAAAGAGCUCCUCAAGACCAAGGAGCUGUACGCUAGUGUCAUUUUUAAAAUGCCUCCGAAAAGCAGUCGUCGAAAGAGGUCAGCUGGUGCUGGCAUCUCCCUUCCUGCUGAGAUGAAAUACACCAUACGCAUGGUUGUGCAGAACUCCAUGAGGACUGACAGAAUAAGAAACCCUUCCUGGACACCUGGAUCCUACGUCUCAUCCAACAAAAACCAGCGCUACAACCGUGGCUUUAUCAACCUGCAGGAGAGCAUCGACAGGGCCAUCAUCGACAUCCAAGCAGGCAAGAAGGUUAAGGAGCCAGCCGUCCAGCUACAGGCCUUCCCCUACCCCUGCUACUUCAAAGACAAUUUCCUCAACAGCACGUCGAACAGCUUCCCGCUCGCCCUCAUGGUUGCUUGGGUCCUUUUCAUCGCUGCCUUUGUCAAAAAGCUGGUUCACGAGAGAGAGCUGAGACUUCAUGAGUACAUGAAGAUGAUGGGAGUGAACACCAGCAGUCACUUCUUUGCCUGGUUCAUAGAGAGCGUCUGCUUCCUCCUGGUCACCAUCACCAUCAUGACCAUCAUCCUGAAGGCGGGUAAGAUCUUCCCUAACAGCAACGGCUUUAUCAUCUUCCUGUUCCUGUGUGACUACGGCUUCUCCAUCCUGGCCAUGAGCUUCCUCAUCAGCUCCUUCUUCAACAACACCAACGUGGCCGGCCUCAGCGGCAGCCUUGUCUACAUCAUCUGCUUCUUCCCAUUCAUCAUCAUGAUGACCAUCGAGUCCACCCUCACCUUCUCAACCAAGAGCCUCCUGUGCCUGUUUGCCCCAACUUGUUUCAGUUAUGCAGGUCAAUACAUUGGUCGCUAUGAAGGGCAGAACAUAGGAAUCCAGUGGGAUAACUCCUACGUCUCCCCAUUGGCUAAUGAUACCACCUCCUUCGGCUGGCUCUGCUGGCUGCUGCUCAUCGAUUCCCUCAUCUAUUUCACUGUCGGCUGGUACAUCCGGAAUGUCUUUCCAGGGAAUUAUGGCAUUGCCUCCCCAUGGUAUUUCCCAGUCCUGCCCUCGUUCUGGGCAGAGUGCUGCGGCUUUAACACAUGCAGAAAAGACAGUGGAAGAGGGCUCCUGUUCACCAACAUCAUGCUGCAGAGCGGGAACAUCGAUCACAAGAACAAAGGUAACGGGGGCUUUACCUCCGAGGGGGAGGCUGAGCUGGAAGGCCUGCCUGUGGGCGUGUCUCUCCACGGCCUCACAAAGCUCUACGGCCAAACCGUCGCCAUCCAGAACCUCAACCUCAACUUUUACGAGGGUCAUGUGACAGCGCUGCUGGGGCACAACGGAGCGGGCAAGACCACCACCAUGUCCCUGCUGACUGGGCUCUACAGCCCCUCAUCUGGCUCCGUCCUGGUGUAUGGGAAGGACAUGCAGACACACAUGGACGCGGUGCACAGAGACAUGGGGGUGUGUAUGCAGUACGACGUUCUCUUCGAGCACCUCACUGUCAAAGAGCACCUCUUGCUGUACGGACAGAUCAAGAGCCCUGGCUGGAACAAGCAUGAACUGAACCAGCAAGUGCGCAACACCCUGAAGGAGACUGGCAUGUACGCCCAUCGGCACAAGCGAGUAGACACACUCUCGGGCGGCAUGAAGAGGAAGCUCUCCAUCUCCAUCGCGUUCAUCGGCGGCUCUAAAACGGUGGUCCUGGACGAGCCCACCACGGGCGUGGACCCCUGCUCCCGGAGGAGCAUCUGGGACAUUGUCAUCAGACACAAGACAGGGCGAACCAUCAUCCUGUCCACUCACCACCUGGAUGAGGCGGAGGUCCUGAGUGACCGCAUUGCCUUCCUGGAGCGUGGGGGGCUCAAGUGCUGCGGCUCCCCCUUCCACCUGAAGGAGAAGCUGGGCCAGGGCUACAACCUGACCCUGACCAGGAGGGUGCCGCCCCCUGGCUCAGAAGAUUACUGCAUGCCCGAUACCGUCACCAGGUUCAUCCAGUCCCACCUGCCCGAGGCUCAGUUGAAGGAGAAGGUGGGGGCGGACCUGGUCUAUGCCCUGCCCCCCUUCGGAGCCCAGCGUGCCGAUGCUUACCGAUCCCUCCUGAGUGAGCUGGACAGGAGCCUGGACACCCUGCGGCUCGGCUGCUACGGCAUCUCUGACACCACUCUGGAGGAGGUCUUCCUCCAAAUGACAAAGGACGAUGAAAACAAGGACACAGCCUGGUCCAACACGCAAAUGGUGGUCCAGGUCCCCUCUGGGGACACUAUGGUCUCCGAAUACAGCACCAGUAGCUAUAGUGUCAGUUCCAGACAAGCCCUGACUGGCUCCUCCUCUCUCGGGGGGGCCCGCCUCUUCACACAGAAGGUGAUGGGGAUGCUGGUGAAGAGGAUCCACCACUCACGGAGGGACUGGAAGGGCCUGCUUGCCCAGAUUGUACUGCCCGUGCUGUUCGUCAUCGCUGCCAUGGGGAUGGGCACCAUCAAGAAUGGGAUCCAGGAAUAUCCCGAAAUUAAUCUCUCACCUUCCUUAUACGGAUACGACGGCCAGUCUGUCUUCUUUGGGCUUGGAAACCCCAGUGCCAGUGAUUUGGUCUCUAAGAUGAUGUCAUUUCCUGGAAUAGACAACGUCUGCUUGUAUAACCCUGGGAAUGAGCAGUGUCUGAAUAAAGAGGGGUCAGGAGACUGGACUUCAAGUGGAAUAGCUCCUGCCUCAUACAAGCCAUGUAACUGCAGUACUACUGUUCAGGUCUGCCCAAGAGAUGAUUAUGUACCCCCUCAUAAAAAGGUCCCCUCCUUGCAAACAGUGUACAACGUGAGUCAAUUGAACGUGGAAAACUACCUGCUCUCUACAGCAAACAGCUUCAUCCAGAACAGGUACGGCGGCUGGGUCUUUGGGAAUCCUCUCCCAGUUGAUCUCCGGAUGGAUGUUGACCCUGUUCCUGCAAACAGGACACUGACAAAGGUCUGGUACAACCCUGAAGGGUACCACACGAUGCCAGCCUACCUGAACAGCCUUGAUAACUUCAUUCUUAGGGCCAACCUGCCCCCUGGUGUGGAUCCACAGAAGUACGCUAUUUUUGUGUACAGUCAACCAUAUACAGGAGGCGUCCUAGAUGAGGAUACUGUGGUUCAGAGUCUGGUGGGCGUGCUGGUCGCCCUCUGCAUCCUCACGGGAUACUCCAUCAUGACAGCCAGCUUUGUUAUUUACGAGGUCAUGGAGUAUCAGACAGGUGCCAAGCGUCUCCAGCACAUUUCUGGCGUUGGGGAGAUCUUCUAUUGGAUAGUCAAUUUCAUCUAUGAUAUGACGCUGUACCUGGUCCCGGUAGCCUUGUCCAUAGCUGUCAUUGCUGCUUUCCAGCUGCCCACUUUCAAUUACAGACAGAACCUGGGGGCCGUGUCUCUGCUGCUGGUGCUGUUUGGCUUCGGAACGUUCCCGUGGAUGUACCUCCUGGCCGGUACCUUCAAGAAUGCAGAGAUGGCCUUCAUCUGUUACAUCUCCAUCAACCUCUUCAUCGCCGUCAACACCAUCAUCUCCACCUCGGUGGUCUACUUCCUAUCUGAGCUGAGGAAAGACGACUUGAACGUUAAAGAGGUGUACCGUGUGAUGAGCUACGUGUUCCUGAUCUUCCCGCAGUUCAGCUUCGGGAACGGCCUGAUGGAGCUGUCCCGCGUGCAGUUACAGGUGGAUAUUCUGGCCGUGUUCGGGAUCGACAGCUAUAAGAACCCCUUCAGCAUGGACGUCCUCGGAUGGAUGUUUGUAGCGUUGGCCGUCCAGGGCAGCCUCUGCUUCCUGCUGAGGCUGCUGCUCAACACCUGGCUGCUGCGCAAGAUGAGGAUCUUGAUGUGCAGGAUGAGAGCAGUGAUGUUCCAUGCUGUGGAUGAGGACCCCGAUGUGAAGGCAGAGCAGGACAGGGUGGACAGCGGUCAAGCCAGCGGAGACCUGCUGCAGCUCAACAAGCUCAGCAAACUGUACCAGAACAUCCACAAGAAAGUGCUGGCGGUCAACAACAUCUCUGUGGGCAUUCCUGCUGGAGAGUGCUUCGGCCUGCUGGGUGUGAAUGGAGCAGGGAAGACAACCACCUUUAAGAUGCUGACCGCCGAGAUCUUCCCUUCCAAUGGAAACGCACUCGUCAAGGACACGGACGGGAGUGUGGUGGACAUCAUGGACGGCAGCAUGGAAGGGAUCAAUAUUGGCUACUGCCCGCAGGUGGAUGCUCUGGAUGAUCUGCUGACAGGAGAGGAGCACCUGUACUACUACGCCAGGAUCCGCGGCAUUCCCAGCCAACAAAUUCACAAUGUGGUAAUGCACCUCCUUCAAAGACUGGAGCUCCUUCCUCACAAAGACAAGCCCACCUGCCAAUACAGCUGUGGCACCAAGAGGAAGCUCUCCACUGCCCUCGCUCUCAUCGGCUGCCCUCAGAUCCUGCUGCUGGAUGAACCAAGCUCCGGGAUGGAUCCCAAAUCCAAACGUCAUCUCUGGAACAUCAUUUCAGAGGAACUGAAAGAGAAGUGUGCCGUGGUUCUAACCUCCCACAGCAUGGAAGAGUGUGAGGCGCUCUGCACCAGACUGGCAAUAAUGGUGAAAGGACGAUUCAGGUGUCUUGGUUCUCUACAGCACAUUAAGAACAGAUUUGGAAGUGGCUUCACUGUGAAAAUGCACCUCACCUCGAGCAGCCUGGGAGUGGAACACAUCACCACGUUCAUGCAGUCACACUUCCCAAGCACUUUCAUGAAGGACCACCACUCUGGCACGGUGGAGUACCACGUCCCCGUGGCUCCAGGGGGCGUUGCUGUUAUUUUUGACCAGCUGGAGUGCAACAAAGCAUCUCUGAGCAUCAAACACUUUUCUGUGAGCCAGACCACACUGGAUGAGGUCUUCAUUAACUUUGCCAAAGAGUCGAGCGCGGAGGAAUCUGAAGCCAGCAGUGAGCUCAGCGAUCAGUCUGUGAACACAUAGCACAGUGAAGCAGAAGAAGCCUUUAUGUCCCUCACAUUUUUGAUCAAAUUUGUUAUUUUUUUUCUUAAUUGUUUUAAGUUGUUUAGAAAUGCUGUACUGUAUUUAUGUGAUCACACUUUGGAUCCUCGUGAUGGGUACUGGGAUGCACAAGGCUACUGGAAAUACAUUCAUACAUGCAGACACAUUUGUUCUAUUUAAUCAACCCAAAUAAUACUAACUUUAUUACUGCUCUUAUUUCUGUUAUUUACUUUGACAAGUGAGCUGCAAAGAAAGAAGAAUGACAAUCAAUCAAUGAAUUAAUCAAUCAUACUCAUUCAGGAUUAAUUAAAAAUAUAAAAAUAAUGACUGGACAUCCCGUUUAAAAAGUUUGCUGCAGUACAUAAAAAAGCAUAGCAAAUUGUAAUAUGGCAUUGAUAUACUACUG